AUGGCACGUUUGAUCUUUCCUACUACACUGAACACUCAUUGCUGCUAUUACGAGCGGAUUCUUGUUUUCCCAAAGGGUAACGGCAAUGACUGUUUGUCGGUGUAUCUGGAUGUUCCAGAUUCAGCUGGUUUAGAGUAUGGGUGGAGUAGAUAUGCUCAGUUCGGUAUUUCUGUAAUUAGUCAAAUUCACACUAGGUACACGAUCAGAAAAGAUACUCAACAUGAUUUCAAUGCCCGAGAAAGUGAUUGGGGUUUCACAAGUUUAAUGCCUUUAUCUGAACUGCAUGAUCCAAACAGACGCUUUCUUGUCAAUGAUACAUGUAUAAUUGAAGCCAAUGUUUCUGUUCGUGUAACUGUGAGUCAUCCGUUGUAUGACUCGAAAAAGGAAACCGGUUUUGUUGGACUCAAUAAUCAAGGAGCAAGUUGCUAUCUGAACUCUCUCAUACAAACUUUGUAUCAUCUUCCCUACUUCAGGAAGGCUGUAUGUCACACUCCCAUCACUGAGAAUGACAUGCCAUCUGGGAGCAUCCCUCUGGCCCUGCAGAAUUUAUUUAGUGAGCUCCAGUCCAGUGACAACACUGUUACGUCAAAGGAGUUUAUGGAAGCAUUUGGAUGGAUUACAUAUAACUCUUUUCCACAACAUGAUGUCAAAGAAUUUUUUAGAACUUUAUUUGAAAAACUGGAAGAGAAAAUGAAGAAGUUAUUUGAGGGGCACCAUGUGGACUUCAUCGAAUGCAUCAAUGUGAACUAUAAAUCUACCAGGCGGGGAUUAUUUUAUGAUCUUCAGCUUGAUGUCAAGGGUUGUCGUGAUGUUUAUGCCGCCUUAGAUAAGUAUGUUGAAAAGGAAUGUCUUAAGGGUGAUAAUAAAUAUCAUGCUGGAUCAUAUGGCUUGCAGGAUGCUAAGAAGGGCCUCUUGUUCAUUGACUUGCCCCCAAUUCUUCCGAUUCACCUGAAGCGAUUUGAAUAUGAUUUUAUACGGGACACUAUGGUCAAGUUAAACGACUAUUUUGAGUUUCCUCUGGAACUUGAUCUGGAUAUAGAGGGUGGCAAAUACCUUUUGCCAGAGGCUGGAAGAGGUGAUAAAAACCUUUACACUCUUCACAGUGUUUUAGUCCAUAGUGGUGGCGUGCAUGGUGGGCACUAUAGUGCUUUUAUAAGGCCAAAUCUUUCUCAUCAGUGGUAUAAAUUUGACGAUGAACGAGUGACCAAAGUAGAUGCCAAAGAGGCUUUAGAGGAGCAGUACGGGAGUAAAGAAUUGCUGCAGACAAACUCUGGUCUCAAUGAUUAUCAAAAGUGCUCAAAUGCUUACAUGCUGGUAUACAUACGUGAAAGUGAGAAGGAGAAAAUAAUGUGCAAUGAAAGCCUUCGGAGUGACGAUGGACAAAAGGAGCAAAAUAAAAAAGACGAAGAAUAUCUGACUGUGAAGGUAGCAAUUGAUGAAGAUAUCAAACAGCAUCGAGAUCUUGACUUGGUAGAUCAUGAUAAAGUUAAAAGUUUUCAUAUUCAGAGACAGGAACCUUUUCAACUUCUAAAGGUACAAAUUUUUGAUAUGGCAUUUUAUUUGUUUGAAACUAGUAAUAGUUAAACAUUUUUCAUACAGAGAUCAAUUGA